UUACGCAAGACCUGAGCAACACCGCACGUAUUAUCUAGUCAUUUUAUCCACUUUUUUCGUUCGCUGACGAUUUUCGGGUCCGGUCCCUGCUGGAUCUAGGCGCUGGAUUUAUGGAGAGCUGCUAGUGUUGCUGAAAGCCCCUGGACGUGAGACACGAUGGCUGUGGCGUUGGACGCCGUGUGGGUGCGAGUGAAGGGGGUCUGCAAGCAAAACGGCUUGCUCAUCCUCUCAGUGCUGGCUGUGGUUAUUGGAUGUUUGCUGGGAUUUUUCCUGCGCUCCAAGAACCUCUCGGAGCAGGAGGUGAAAUAUUUCCAGUUUCCAGGAGAACUGCUGAUGAGGAUGUUAAAGAUGUUGAUUUUGCCGCUGGUUGUAUCCAGUUUGAUGUCCGGUCUUGCUGCGCUGGAUGCGAAAUGUUCCAGUCGACUCGGCCUCAUCACCGUGUCUUAUUACCUGUGGACCACUUUUCUGGCUGUAGUGGUGGGGAUCGUCAUGGUGUCCAUUAUUCAUCCGGGCGGAAUGGCGCAGAAAGAAGACUCGGAGGACAGCGGGAAACCAAUUAUGAGCUCGGCCGAUGCCCUCUUGGAUCUCAUACGAAACAUGUUUCCAGCAAACCUUGUUCAGGCCACAUUUCAGCAGUAUCGUACCAACAGUGUGCCAAUCAUGAAAACUCAAAAGAUCACAGUAAGCCCGGGCCUGACAGAGACCACCACCCGCCGGGCUCUUAUCUACGGGAUUCAGGAUGAUAACGGGACGGACAUCCAAAACUUUCAGCUGGAUCUGACCCCGCCUCCCGACGUAGUGUUUCGAACUCUUCCCGGCACCAGUGAAGGAAUGAACGUGUUGGGAAUAGUGAUUUUCUCUUCCACCAUGGGUAUAAUGUUGGGCAGAAUGGGUCCUAAUGGCAGUGCGCUGGUAAACUUUUGCCAAAGUCUGAAUGAAGCUGUUUUGAAAAUUGUGGCUAUUGUAAUCUGGUAUUUUCCGUUUGGCAUUGUGUUUCUGGUGGCCGGAAAGAUUCUGGAGAUGAGCGACCCGUCUGCGAUGGGGAAGAAGUUGGGUUUUUAUGCCAUCACCGUGGUGAUGGGUCUCAUUUUGCAUGGCCUCUUCAUUCUGCCCAGCAUGUAUUUCUUCAUCACCAAAAAGAGUCCGAUCGUGUACAUCCGAGGAAUCCUGCAGGCUCUGCUCAUCUCAUUGGCCACAUCCUCCAGUUCUGCCACACUGCCUAUCACCUUCAAGUGCCUGCUGGAAAACAACCACAUUGACCGGCGGAUCAUUCGUUUCGUUCUGCCGGUGGGUGCCACCAUUAACAUGGACGGUACUGCGCUCUACGAAGCCGUGGCCGCCAUUUUCAUCGCCCAGGUCAACAACUAUGAGCUUGACUUUGGCCAGAUCAUCACCAUCAGUAUUACAGCAACGGCAGCGAGCAUCGGUGCCGCCGGUAUCCCACAGGCUGGCCUGGUCACUAUGGUAAUAGUGUUGACGUCCGUAGGCUUGCCCACUGAUGACAUCACUCUCAUUAUAGCUGUUGAUUGGGCUCUGGACAGAUUUCGUACUAUGGUGAAUGUGAUGGGAGACGCGCUGGCUACAGGAAUCAUGGCUCAUAUCUGCAGAAAAGAUUUCAUUAAAGAAGGAGAUGGGGUCCCGCUCAUCUGUGAAACAAAGCCCAUGAAUAACCAGAGUCUGCCCAACUGUCAGCACAACAAUGGCAGUUUCCAGCCUCCACCAGCAGGGGGCAAACCUGAGCACAUCCCACCUGAUGUAGCCCGUCUCAUGCAGCUGGAAGAGGGGGUUCGCCCCCCACCCCCAGAACGGAGAAAACCACCGGUGCCCCCUCGCCACCUGAAACAUAGAGACAAGGACCAUUGUGCUAUCGAUAUGAAUGGUCUGGAGACUAAUGUAUAGCAACUGAAAGAGACAGACUGUGACUGACGUCUUAUGAACAAAAAGACCACAAGAUGCAAAUAAGCAUCAACUUACUUUAGAGUUGAUGACUGGAUGUAAAUUAUUUGAUUGAUUUUUGGGUAACCAGAUUAAAUAUUGAGAUGCUACACAUGGUAUAAGCUUGCACAUAUGGCCCAGUGCCCCAGUUAUACCAUUGUUGGCAGCACAUCUCGGUCGAUCCGUUCUGUGCAUUAGAUAAUGAGAUAGAAAUCAGGCCGAACAACAACCCGGUCUGUUUCUUUGGGAUUUACAUUAUAGAGCUGUCAGAUGGCAAUAUAUUUUCAUGGCCUUGAGAGCGAAGCUUUUCCUGUAAUGUCACACACACUGAGAAACUCAAAUGCGAGUAUUUUGGGAUUGAAUUUGCAGUUGUAAAUAGACAAUAGCUACUGUACAGUAUGUACUAUGUGCUGUUUAUUUAUUUUUAUUUUUUAUCAUUUUAUAUCUGAUGAUAUUUCAUUCCUCUUUUUUUAAGCAGAUCAUGUAAAAACAUGGUUUUGAGUCAGGUGCACUGGUUAUUUUUAGCGCUUGACCAGGUGUGAUGUAAAUUAAUGUUUUUCUGUGACAUCAUAAGCGUCAGGGUCUGUCUGAUCAUUUAAACAACAGCAACAAAAAAAUUAGAAAAAUAAAAUAAAAACUUUUGUUUAUAUGUAGCUUAAAUAAAUUGAUUGCAACCACUUACCUUAAAAAUAUUUAGUAAAUUGAAUCAA